AUGUCUUUCAGCCACGCCUCGUUGGAUUCUUCAUCGAUGACAACAAAGAAUUUCGUUCAACAACCCUUCCUUAACCUUUUUGUUCAUUCUCAGCCACAAUCACAUCCAAACGACCACUACCAACCACAAACAACAACUCCAUGUUCUUCUGCUCAUGUCGACUUGGCAUCCGAAAAAGUCCAUCCUGUGAAUCAUCAUCAUUCACUUGUAGACAAGAGUCGUUCAACACUUUUUAAUUCUCAUCGUGUUCAACAAGAACAACAACAACAACAACAAGUCUUUAAUAAUCCAAAUUUUGAUCAUGUCGAUAUUGCCACCUAUUACAGCAGUAGAAAUGAUGAUGAAAAUCAACAUCAUUCUGUGGUCCUUCCAGAAGAUUCCGAUUACGGUGAAGGUGCUGCUGCUGCAUCCUCUUGUCAUCACGUUAACGUUGUUGCAGCCUCCAUUAAAGUUCCAACACGAAUCUCGAGACGAAAAUUGGUGAUUGGAUUUUUUGUAUUCAUCAUUCUGCAUACGUUGGUCAUGCUGUUGGCUUUGGGUUUGUUUUUGGGUUUGUAUGUGGGAGGAGAGACUUCUCAGUCGACUGGAAAUACUAAUGUGGUGGUUGGAAAUUCGACACUGCAUCAAGUGGCGAUUUCCAUGUUCCCGUUGAUGAUUGGGAGAAUGGGUUAA